AACUGUUGCAUAAAAUACUAUUGUAACAUAGCAGAAUUUUCACAUCAAGAUGUACAAAGUGUAUUCGAAACCGAGUAACUACUAUAAUGGGUCAAAAUACUUCGCAAACACUUUUUUUGGAGGAAAAGGAAACAAUCCAGUUGAUAAAACAUUGCAUAUUUCGUCCAUAUAUAAAUUUCCUCAAGUUGCAGCACUCAAGCUCCCUACUAAUGUCAUUGAUAUCAAUUCUUCAGAGAUGGGUAGAUUUUCUCCUCUAAGAGAAAGAGAUAUAUCAGGACCGGUUAUAAACUCUUUCUAUGAGAAACAGAGUCAAAAAUAUCCCAAUAUAGAUAUUACUGUGCAAGCAGAUCCCCAUGUGAAUAAAUAUGACUGUCGUGGAGCAGUGAGCCUGUCAUCUUCAAUGCAAAGCAAUGUGCCCAGCCCAUUUAGUGGUAACCAUACACAUCUUAACAUGCCGGGCUCUCAGUGGGGGCAGGGGUACAAGUACUUGUCUGACCAUUUGCACAGCGCUCAUUACUUAACUCUGAGGAAUGAAUAUCGCAGCAAUAUGACCAACAAAAUUCUAACAAUUGGAAUCAGAAAUAUCAGUACAGAGGCUAAAACUAAAUUGACCUCUAAGGAGAAAUUGAAAAGAGCUGUCAAAGAAUAUGGCACAACAGUGAUAGUGUUCCAUGUUGCUAUAUCUAUUUUCUCUUUGGGUGGAUGUUAUAUUCUUAUAAAUAGUUUUGACGUCAAUGUAAUGGAUAUCCUGAACAAAAUCAAUAUCAAUGUAGGAUCUGUUACACAAGGAUUACAAACAGAAGCAGGAACAUUUGUUUUAGCAUAUGCAGUACAUAAGUGUCUCGCUCCAAUUAGAAUAGCUAUAACAUUAACAGCUACGCCAUUUAUUGUUCGAUAUUUAAGAAUAAGAAAAAGUGGGCCUAAGUAGAGUGGUGGUGGGAAUUAAAUAUUUACUUAAUAAA